UUAAUAUUUGUCGAAUUGAAAUAACGCGUGAAUUACGAACACACGUGUUGUAGCCUAUACAUGGUACUUAAGUUAAAUAUUUUAUUGAAUUAACAAUAUCACUAAAUCUACUUAAAUAUGGGCAAAAUCAAGCAAGAACCCGUAGACCAAGAAGACGUAAAAGAUGUGAGCAUUAAAACAGAAUCAUUAAGUUAUGAUGAAAAAAUAGAUCACUGCAGUGUUAUUGCAAAGCCGAUGGCUUCAAAAAAACUAAGCAAGAAGAUAUACAAAUUAAUCAAGAAGUCUUCAGGACACAAGAAUUAUAUUAAGAAUGGGCUUAAAAUCGUCCAAAAACAGCUGCGAUUAGGUGAAAAAGGUAUUGUUGUCUUUGCCGGGGAUAUUUCACCAAUUGAAAUAAUGUGCCACCUUCCUGCGGUUUGUGAAGAGAAAGACGUACCAUACUGCUACACUCCAAGCCGAAAAGACAUUGGAGCUGCCAUGGGCACCAUGAGAGGCUGUAUCAUGGUCCUUGUUAAGGAACAUGAAGAGUACAAAGAUCUAUAUGAUGAGGUUAAAAGUGAGAUCAAAUUGUUAGGACACCCAUUAUAGGCAGAGAAAAUUUUAAUUUAUAAGAGAAGCACAUGUAUAUGUGGACUGUUUUUACAGAGAAAGAUUUGAUGGUUUGCUUACAGAGUUUGUUCUGUUGUCACACUAUUUUACAAUCAUCAUCAUCAGCCCAUAUAUGUUCCAACUGCUGGGACACAGGCCUCCUAUGAGGGUUUAGGCCAUAAUCCACCCAUACUGGCCAAGUGUGGGUAAGUGAGAUGCCAUUUCCUCUGUGGUUGUUCUCUUGCAAAGAGUAUGCUUAAUACUAGCACUAAACAAAAUUACAUAACAUGUUUGAAUAUCUGAUCAAAUUUGACAUUAAAAUCCAUAUUCAACAAAAUCCAGAGUUGCAAUUCAAGAGAAAGAAUAAAAUAAAAUAAUGAGAGAGAAUAAAGUAAAGAUUAAAAAAAAAUGUUUACUUACAAACAAUGAAUAAAGAAAUAGUAGGCUUAUGCUAGUAUGCUAGUAUUCAUAAAUAUGUCUAGCAUCUGGAGAUAAAAUAAAUUGUAAUAUACCAUAACAAUAGAACAAACAUUGUGAUAUGAGAAAAUGUUAUAAAAAGCAUCUAAUGAUUUAUUUUUGCAGCAGUCUUACCAGAUAAAAAAAUUAAGUAAAUAGCAAAAAAGUUGUCUUAAAAUCAUACUAGAGUAAAAAAUUAUUCCACAAUGAAGCAAAGAUAUAAAAUUCUGUAUUUCAUCAAAUUAUUACAUAAGUAUGCAUGUUAAAUAGGAGUUAUUUUUCAACAAGGCAUUUAAGGCCUCCUAUUUGAUGCUUAAGGGUCGCCACACACUGGCCACGAAAUGCCGUCACUGGUAUAUUUUGUGUAGUUUUCAUACAUUUCGUAUGUACUAUACCGUUGAUGCCGGAGGCCCAUGUGCGGCGACCUUGAUGUCGUUUACAAAGGAAAUAACACCAAUUACUGAGUAAUUAUUACAUUUUUAAAUGGACUAAUAGUCUAGGUUUCGCAUAAAACACCCAAUUAGGAUAACUAGGUUUUAAGCUAUAUGUAAGGUAAAUGUAAUUCUAUGUUCCAAAUGGGAAUAAACAUCAAUUUAAACA